AUUGGGAAUGAGGUUUUGAAGGCCGUUGUGGCGCAAUUCAAUGCGGACCAGCUUCUCACUGAACGGCCCUUCGUGUCGGCGCUGGUGCGUGAUGCUCUGAUUAAGAGGGCCAAGGACUUUAACCUUCUCUUGGACGAUGUGGCCAUCACCCAUUUGUCUUAUGGAGCUGAAUUUUCACGGGCUGUGGAGCAGAAGCAAGUUGCCCAGCAAGAGGCGGAGCGAUCGAAGUUUGUGGUGAUGAAGGCAGACCAGGAGCGUCGUGCUGCCAUUGUGCGUGCGGAGGGAGAGAGCGAGGCCGCGAAGCUUAUUUCGGAUGCCACUGCGAGCGCUGGUGGUGGUCUUAUCGAGCUCCGUAGGAUUGAAGCAUCCAGGGAAAUCGCUGCUACCCUUGCCAAGAGCCGGAAUGUAGUUUACUUGCCUUCAGGGAACAACAUGCUUUUGGGAAUCAACCCAUCUAUGUCAGGUGCCCCAUGAUAGCCAAAUUCACCCUUAACUAUCUCUUUGAUCUGCUUUGGCUUCAUCUCUCGACUGCUUGGGAGAACUGAGUGUAGACUCAUAUGUCAAAGGUGGGUAAAUUAGUUGUUUCUCGAGGAGGUUCGAGAAGAGUUCUGUUCAUUUGAGAGGCAGUGAAUAAUCGCCCACCAGAGUUUGAAACCGCUUUUGCAAAUAGAGUGCUAAUUGGGCAAAGUUAACAGCAGACGCAUGAGCAGUGUAACGGUGUUCCAUCUUUCAAAUAGAAAGCAAUUCUCGUGAUUGCUGUCGUAGAGACUCUCUCUGUGUAGCCAAUUGGUGAAUGGCAUAGAUGAUGAACUAGGAAGCUACCUCAGAUGUAUGCAAGGGUUCAUUGGGCUGUUAUUA